UCUGGGUGUGAGGCUCAUGGUAUUGUUACUUUCCCUCCGUCUCCUCACAGUGGCAUGGAUGUGGUUAACUGCCGGAUUUGAGGAGGGAGGGAGGCUGUGGCAGGAGUGGCAGCGGUGGAGCUACAGCUACAACACACGGCUCAGCCCAUACAGACACACCUGACGGCUCUGGAGCUCUGACGGACGGACGGGUCAUCAGGCGCUAUGGAGAUGGAAGUGUGACAGAGUUCUUGAAGCUGUCUGCGGUCUGGCGAAAAUUACUUUUUCUUGGUGACGACUGGAAAACUUGGGGAACUCGUGCCAAGCGCGAGAAGAAGCCCGGCGGAAAAAGACCAGCAUCAGAUGGACAUAAACACGCCGCGUCUGGCGGUUUGUGAGCGGUUUGUGCGCGCGAGGGCGAAUCUGUAGAGUUUGUGGAGAGGCUCCGUACAACACCACCACCGCGGAAUGUAACGCCUAACGCUCCGCCUGGAGUUACCUGACACAGAAGUCUCAGAAGGUUAACUCUGCCGUCCUCGCCAUGGAGACGACCCCGGCCCUCCUCCCACUCCUCCUCCUCUUCCUGAGUUUGUGUGUCUGCGGUUGUCAUGGCAACCUCCGCCCGACCCCCAGAGUGUAUCUGUCUUACAAAGAGCUGCUGGAAACAAGGACCAUCCGGCCAUUCAGCUUCUCCUUCAACACCAGCGAUUACCGCAUCCUCCACAUGGACCAGGACCAAGGCCGGCUUUACCUGGGCAGCCGCGAGUAUCUGGUCUCCCUGGACAUGCAGAACAUCAACAAAGAGCCACUCAUUAUCCACUGGCCUGCUACUAGCCAGAGAAAAGGAGAGUGCAGGAUGACAGGGAAAGGAGGACAGGGAGAGUGUGCCAACUUUGUGCGUCUGAUCGAGCCGUGGAACAGAACUCAUCUGUACACGUGUGGCACUGGAGCUUACAAACCCGUCUGUACCUUCAUCAACCGGGGCUGGAAGGCUGAGGAAUACCUUUUCCGUCUGGUUCCUGGUUAUGUGGAUUCUGGAAAGGGAAAGUGUCCGUAUGAUCCACGGCAGGAAAACGCUGCUGUUCUUAUCAAUGGUAACCUGUAUGCAGGGGUGCAUGUGGACUUCAUGGGGACAGAUCCAGCCAUCUUCAGGACGCUGGGAGACAGACCUGCUGUCAGAACAGAGCAGUACGACUCCCGAUGGCUGAAUGAGCCUGUGUUUGUAAAAAUCCAGAAGAUUCCAGAUAGUGCAGAAAAAAAUGACGACAAGUUGUAUUUCUUCUUCCGGGAGAAGAGUUUGGACGCAGCAGGGGGCAGCACCCCCAGUGUGCUGGCCAGAGUGGGCAGAGUCUGUCUGAAUGAUGAUGGAGGCCAAAGGUCACUGGUAAAUAAAUGGACAACUUUCCUGAAGGCUCGUCUGGUCUGUUCUGUAAUUGGAGCAGAAGGAGUUGAGACAUAUUUUGAUGAGCUGAGGGAUGUUUUCAUUCAGCGGACUCAUGAUGAACGCAACCCCACCGUGUACGCUGUGUUCUCCACUGCUGGCUCUGUGUUUAAGGGUUCGGCAGUGUGUGUGUACUCCAUGGCCGACAUUAGAAACGUCUUUAAUGGACCCUUCUCCCACAAACAUGGACACAACUACCAGUGGACUCCUUACACUGGAAAAAUACCCUACCCCCGUCCUGGCACGUGUCCUGGAGGAACAUUUACGCCUGGCCUCCACACCACCAAAGCCUUCUCUGACGAGGCUAUCAACUUUGUGCGUGCACACCCUCUCAUGUAUCAUCCCAUAUACCCUACCCACAAGCGCCCCCUGGUGGUACGGACCGGCGUGGACUACCGCUUCACCACCAUCGCUGUGGACAUGGUGGAUGCUGUAGAUGGGAGAUAUGAGGUGCUCUUCCUGGGGACAGAUCGAGGAACAGUCCAGAAGGUGAUCGUCUUGCCAAAAGACACAAGCACAACAGAAGAGCUCAUUCUGGAAGAGGUGGAGGUUUUCAGGACUCCAGCACCAGUGAAAACUCUGAAAAUCUCCACUAAAAGGCAACAGCUGUAUGUGUCAUCGGAGCGGGGUCUUACCCAGGUGUCUCUACACCGGUGUGCUGUGUAUGGUAAAGCCUGCUCUGACUGCUGCCUAGCUAGAGACCCCUACUGCGCCUGGGACGGAGAGACGUGCUCUGCUUUCACCCCUGCCACCAAGAGGAGGAGCAGGAGACAAGAUAUCAAACAUGGAGACCCGUUACGCCAGUGCAGGGGCUUCAAUUCUAAAGUAGAGAAGCGUCUGAGGGAGACAGUACAGUUUGGUGUGGAAGGCAGCAGCACAUUUCUGGAGUGUCAGCCCAGGUCUCCUCAGGCUACUGUGAAAUGGCUCUAUCAGAAGGAUGGCAAACGCAAAGCACUCAGUCGAGAUAAAGAGGUCCUGAAGACGGGUCAUGGCAUUCUGCUGAAAUCUCUCACUCAGACGGACUCUGGUCUCUACCACUGCCUGGCCACAGAGAACAACUUCAAGCACACUGUGGCCCGCGUGUCCCUGCGGAUCCUGGACCGGGAGAUUGUAGAGGCCCUGACAGCACCAGACAGCCCUGCAGAACCAGAGCGUCACCACCAGCACCAUCAUCAUCACCCUCCUCCUCCUCCACCCCCACCCCAAACCCCACCCCCAGCCCUCCAGCAGCUCCCGCCACAGCCCGAGGUGCGCCUCAUCAACCAAUACUGCCAGACCUAUUGGCAACAGCAGAGCACCAGCCCGCCCCACAAACCCAAACGCACCAAUCGCAGACACACUGAGCAGAAGGAGUCUGAAGAGCCUCAUGAGCUGCAGGCCCAGUGAUAAUGUUCUGAGUGCUAAGAGCAGAAAACAUGAGUUGUUAAGUUGAUUGCGUUCCAUACACUGUGUGAGCAGGAUAGGCAGCGUCUCUAAAGACUGUGUUACUAAGCUAAAUUACAUGUGUUCAUGCAAAAAAGUCAAAUCUGAUAAAAACUUGUUUCAAGACUACAUUUGAUUUUAACACAGCAUGUUGAAGUUGUUGGUGCAAGUUAGUGAGGAUACAGCCUUAACCAGGGAUGGGACGGUUACUGCUGCACUAUUAAACCCAAUGAUUAUCAUACGGUUGCAAAUUUUAUUUCCUGUAAUGGUGUACGGUUAGCGUGUACUGUAAAAAAAGAACAACCAUCUGCUACAGUCUCUCACCAAAGCAUGCACUAAACAACUAUUGUUAUUUUGGUUAUAACAAAUACAAGUGGGUCAGUAAAAAGUAUCCAUACCUAUGGUGAAAGGAUUUCAAUGGCUAUUAGUAGCUUUUUAAACAUUUUCAGUAUAUAUUAACUAUACUGUAAUCAUUUAGGUCACUGAAAUCUAGCAGUUUUUCAUACUGUCCCAUUUCUGGUCCUAACACAGGCUCCUGUAUCUUCAGCUCAGUUUUUGCUUUUUUAAGGUUACAAUACAUAGUGUUCUAAGUUUGCAGAGCAGUAGAUGUUGAAUUAUUUCCAAACCAUAGGAAACUGGUAUGUGCCACAUUGCAUACUGUAGAGUUUAGGUUUUUUGUGUUCUCUUUUACUGUUGUUGCAUUGCUGUUACCUUCACAGAGUCAUUGAAAAGUCAGUAUUUCAUGAACAGUGUACUCAUAAAACUCUGGCACUUAGCGUUGCUAGUAUUUAAAGCUUGUUAUGUUGAGUCAGAUGGUUGUUAAUCCUCAGCCUGUGGAACACAGUGGUGGAAAGAAUGCUGUGGAGAAUUUCUACGUGAUUCCACUCACAUUCAUGGCACAGUCAUCUGCUGAUUUGUCAAAAAGAAGUCUUUUCCUGUACUGGGUUAUAAUUAUGACAUGAUGCAUUCAGAUAUGAUUUUGACCAACCUUUUAUGUUAUCAAGACCAAGGGUGAUUUAUAAUCAGGAUGGAUGUAAAGGCUUCUAGAAGUUGUUCUUUUUUGUGGAGUUUGUAAAGAUAUGGCUAAGCUUCCAUUUCAGUAAAAUGUCUUGAUAUUUUAAGAGCAUUCUUGAGUUAGUCUGCAUCAGACAAAGUACAGCUGCAGAUACUGGAAGUCUGGAAAUUCAGUGACAUCAAAUGUUUGAACGAUGUGUAAGUCAUGAGAAAAUGCUUUUGCAAAACCUCUGAUUCACCUUUUACAUCUUUUAGAAGUACAGCUAAAUGGAAUGGAAGAACAGCUAAACCCAUGUUUCCAUUACUGGUUAGUAGGUAUUGAACAAAAACUACUGCAAUUUGAAGGCGGUGGUAGGCGUGUUUUUUUUUCCUCAAAAGAAAGAUGGGAUAUUCUUUGGAAAGACAGAAUUAUGGACCAAAACCUGCUCCAGUCUCCAGCCAUAGUAAGAGAGAUUUGCAGCAAGAAGGAAUAUGUAAAUAAUGUUUGAGAUCAGCAGUCUCUUUCUGAAUGCAUAAUAAAAACUGGAGAACUAGAUUCACAAUAAAAAAAAUGAAAGAAAACUUGAGUUAUGAGUUAAGGGACAUAGACCUCUGAGGUUGUGAGUUAUUUGGUGGGCUAAUGGCAUGCCCAAAUCAAGACUCUGGAUAUAAGCUGGUUUUAUCUAUGGGAAAAAUGAAUGGAGUUACAAGGUCAUUUAGAGGUCGAAUUACAUACAUGGCACAAAAAAGCUAAUACUUGUUCACAUUUAAAGAGGAAUUACUCUGAUUUUUAAUAGUCAUUCAGAGUAGUUUACACAGCUAAGUUCUGGAGAAUUGUUCAGAGCGGUGGUACAAGCUACUGCACAGAAAUCUAUAACAUGAAAUGGUUAUGAAUACGCUGCCUGAUGCUUGAGACAUUGUCUUAUACUAGUUUUGAGAUAAAGUUUUUUAACUAAAAUGUACAUGCAGGGUGUUGUAAAGGAAAACAGUGCCCAAAUAAAACUUCUUUUUUCCCAAUUUACUACUGUUUGACACUUAUCAGCAUUUUAUUUAAAACUCAGUAGGUUCACUGGUCACUUUGGAUAGAAAAGCUAAUGUCUAAAUUCGCAUUGUAGACAUCACCACCAUUGUAACAAAAAGCCAUUCAGACUGGUUUGAUGUAAAAUGGUGCAUUGUAGCCAUCACCACUGUGCACAAAAUAAGAGCGAACAGUUUUCUCUACAAAGCACUAUUGCAAAUCAAACCACUCAAUGUUUUUUACAUCUCAUUGAUUGAAUUAUGCAGAAAUUUUUGUCAAUUUUGUCUGACGUUACCAAGAUACAUGAAAAGUAAGGCUGCUACAUCACUACUAAGGCUUCUAUAUAUACACUACAUGAACACUAUUGUACUGAAAUUGUGGCCUGCUGCUGCCAAAACCACUUAACUAGGACACCUCACAAAGCUUGCUGGUUUGCAUUGUUAGGCUGUCAGUCCUAUGAUGUCAGCUGAAUGUGCAGGAGCAUUAACUUCCAAUCACAGUGAUAUUCUGACAUGACAAAUAUAUAGACCUCCGUACUUCAUUAAUCCCAAAUAUGAUGGGGUGAUUUUUAAAAAACGACAAGCACUUUUCCCAUAGACAGAAACAGCUUACACCCAGGGCUCGCCAGGAUGCUGUCUGUCGACUGGUCCUCAGAGGUCUAUCACUUGCUGAUCAGUAUGCUGUGUUUGCUGUGCACAUUUCUGAAUAUGAAAGCAAGCAAAUUAAUCUUGGGCAAAAUAACAGUCCUGUAAAAAAAAAAAAAGUUAUGUACUGAGAAAGUAUUGUGUCACAAACCAUCUCAGUGAUAGUUUUUUCUUACAACAUUAUGUCGUUUGGGGAGGGCAGAUGCAGACAUUUUUCAUUAGUAUUUCCUUUCACUUUCUAUCGUUGCCUCUUCGGCUUCAGAUUGGUAAGAAACACCCUGAUCAAACUUUGUCCACAGCAGUAGUAGUUCUGUGACACUGUCACCUUUUCCAUAUCAGCAGUAGAUGUUCUCUGUGGUUAACUGUGGUCAUGUUUUGCUUGUGUAUAAAGGCAGUCCUUGUGCUUUGUGUGACAGUUACACAUGUACAUAGAAAUGGUGUGUAUUCAAAAGGUCUCGUCUGUCUUUGGUCAGGUUUUAACUAUUAAUAUUUUCUCUCUCUCUCUCUCUCUCUCUCUCUCUCUCUCUCUCUUUCUCUCUCGACCCAGCGUAUUUAUUUUGAGAAUGUACAUAUUCAUGUGAGUCGUGUUCUUUUGGUGGUGAGAUAGGGCUGCAAAUGGCAGUUAUUAUUGUGCAUUAUUAUUCAUUAACAGGACCAGAAUAUACAGACACAGAGAAAUGCUAUUAGAAAAAGGUGCAGUAGAAAGGGAGUUUUUAUAUUGUGACCACUGCCAUGUUAUGCUCAGUUCAGCAAGCAUGUUUUUCUUGGAAAUAAGAUGAGUUUUCUUGGAAAUAAGAUGAGUGAUAGAAAAUAAGAUAAAGUGAAGUUUAACAUAUAAAUAUGAAAGGCAGUGUUCAAAAAUGGCCUUCACGUGGCCUAAAGCAAUGAAAUGAACACUGUUGAAACUGAUACUAAUCACUUUGUAUUAGAAGUUUAUGGGUAACUUACAUUAGCAGACCAUUGAUGAAAAAGUUCAGACUGUCCAGCCUGCUGACUAUAAAAUCUUGGAGAAUAUUUCUGUUGUUUAUAAAAAGCACAUCUUUGUUUAACAGGUUGGCGAGCACAGAAAGCCUGGGCUUAAAGGCAACCAACAGUUACAAAAGUCCAAACCUUAAUAGUUUUUGAUCCAUUUAAAUAUUGUGUCAAAAAUCUUGGGCCUAACGCUGCCCUCAGAGGGAACGUGGUGUACAACCCAAAUGAUGUUUGUUCUCUUUUAUCUUUGCUUUAGUGUUUCUCGAUGAACUAAAUGGAAAUAUGACUGCAUCUUACGAUACUUCUAUGUAUUCAUGGUGUUUUGUGUUAGCUUAAGUUAACGUGGUUGUUUGUAAUAAAUAUUAUUUUAUUAUGAUUGUGAGGUUGGGGAGUCUCAUAGAUGUUUUAUAAUCAUAACAAUAAACUGCUGUAAUUGUU